GAGCCCUGUGAGCCACUAUGGAGUACAUGGUUAUGGUUAUCGAUCGGAGUGGGGGGGUUGGAAAUUAAAAAUAGAAGGGUACGUGGUUAAUUAAGGAGCAGACUUGAGUAUCAGUAUGCAGGGCAAUCUUCUAGAAGUAUCAUCUAAAGCUGACAUGAUUCUGCAUGAAUAAUAAUAAUAUAUUUGGCCUGUUUGGAUAGCAUCAUCUAAUCAACCUCGAUCUGAAAGCGGGUCUCCUGACAGCCUAGUCAUCGCCAGUCCACCUGAAAAUGAGUUCGUCGCUUUUUUUGUCGUCAUCAUCCACAUCUCCUGCUAUUAAUAUUCAUCUAUCGCCCCUCCCAUCUUCCCUUCUUUAUUCUUUGGUUCCGUCAUCUACCAGCUGACAAGAAGAUCGUGAACAUCAUCUCUUCCAGCCAUGGGGGCCCCGCGUCUGCCCCGCGUCGUCAGCUUCUCGACAUUUGCAUCCAAGAUCGCAGCCAGUCAAAACGCCAACGCCAAUCCCAACGCCAGCGGCAACUCCAACAUGAGCAACAACUCGGGCGUCUAUGGAGGAGCUCCUCCGUCCGGCUACACUGGAGGCCCUCCGUCAGCGCUGCAGCCUGGUGGAUACCCAGGUCAACAGAAUCGUCCAACUCCGCCACAGCAACAGCAACAAUAUCAGGCGUAUCCUGGAUCCCCUGCGCCUUCUGCUCAGGGUCCACCUGGCCCGGGACAGUCACCUUAUCCUCAACAAGGUUCGCCCUACCCCCCUCAGGGCUCGCCCUAUCCGCCUCAGGGUUCGCCUUAUCCCGGUGCUCAAGGGCGUCCAGCGCCGCCCCCGCCAUCGGGACCUCCGGGCGCUGGAUAUGGAGCUCCGGCUCCGGCUCCUGCCACUCAGCAGCAGCUAGCUGCGUACCGACAGCUUUUGGUCGGGACCAUUCAGGAGAAGAAUCUCCAGUGCUUCUAUCCCCCAGAAAAGCUGGAGAGGGUGCUCCAAGGACUGGCCAAUGAUGCGCCCGCCAAGGUCAGCAAGUUGACCCACGAAUGGUCUGUGCCUGGAGAGGUCGCGAUGGAUGUCAUGAAGCUCUCUCUGUUUGAUGUGAUUCUGUAUGUCGAUGACAGUGGUUCCAUCGAGUUUGAAGAAAAGGGAGUCAGAAAGGAGCAGCUUAGACAGAUCAUCGGCAUUGUUGCAACUGCAGCCUCGACUUUCGACCAGGAUGGUAUCUCCGUGCGGUUCAUGAACUCCAUGGAGACAGGCGAUGGGAUCCGUGACGUGGAAGAUGUGAACAGGCUCGUUUCACGUGUCCGGUUCCAAGGCCUGACUCCCCUGGGAUCGGGUCUGAGAAACAAGGUUCUCGACCCGAUGGUUCUGGGUCCCGCCAGAGCGAACCGCCUGGAAAAGCCGGUUCUUGUUAUUACCAUUACCGACGGACAGCCUGCAGGAGAGCCGCAUGACACUGUGGCAAACUCCAUCCACUACACAAUCAGCGAGCUGUCACGAACCCGGUAUGGACGUGGUGCUGUUUCGUUCCAAUUCAGUCAAGUUGGAAACGAUACCAAGGCGCGAGACUUCCUCGGUAGCCUCGAUGAGGAUCCCAGCAUUGGUAGCUUGAUUGACUGCACAUCUAACUUUGAGGUCGAACAAGAUGAAAUGUCACGGGCCAACCCUCCGGUCUAUCUGACCCGUGAACUUUGGUGCGCCAAGUUGAUGCUCGGAGCAAUUGAUUCAUCGUAUGAUACCAAGGAUGAGAAGGCCGCUGGUGCUGCUAGACCUCCCUCUGGCAUGCCCUCUGGCGCUCCCCCGGGUGCUCCUCCGGGUGCUCCUCCUUCUGGCCCGUAUGGUGGUGGCGGUUAUAGCCAGGCGCCGAGCUACAGUCAACCGGGAUACUACAGCCAGCCCCCGGCCCCCAGUCCCAGCUACCAGCAGCCAGGAGGGUACAGCCCAGCGCCCGGCGGUUAUGGUCAAGCACCCUACCCGCCGAGCCAGGGCGGACCACCACAGCAGUAUGGCGGAUACGGCGCACCCCCGCCACAAGGUGCUCCUAGAGGAUAUCCUCCACAGGGGGGUUACUAUGGACAGCCACCCGCACCGCCUCGCUACUAGAGGGAUGAGAUAUGACAUUUGCACCUUUUGAUAGUUAGAUUGGGAUCCUUGCUUUGCAAUGUAUUUUAGCAUGAAUUGUGAAGGGCCAGUUGAAAAGGAUGAUUUACUGCCAUGUCAUUAUAGACAUUUAUGUGAUUAGUGACCGAAUGUGCCUUGAUUUGCGUUAUGCUUAAAUUA